AUGUCUCGUAGCACAUCGGAAAAGGCCGACGGCAUCACGCCGGUCCCGGCCAGGAGCAGCGGGAGCAUCGACGCCGGAAAGCUCGAGGACGCCGAGGACGCCUUUGAAGUGUUCAAGAGAGGCGAGGGCACAGUGGACUUCCGCACAGUCGGCUGGGUCCAUGCCUCGGUCAUUUUCCUCAAAGUCAUCUUCGCCACCGGCGUCCUCUCAAUCCCUUCCGCCAUGUUCGUCCUGGGUGCCCUGCCCGGCGCCAUCAACGUGCUGGGCUGGCAGUUCCUAAACACAUACUGCGCCAUCAUCCAGGGCAACUUCCGCAACUCCCAUGCCGGCUGCCACUCCAUCGCCGACAUGGCCAGCGUCGUCGGUGGCGUCUGGCUGAAGGAGAUCGUGGGGGUCUUGUUCCUUGUUACCUAUGCCAUCGUCGGCGCCUCAGGGAUCUUCGGCACGUCCGUUGCUUUCAACGCGCUAUCGAACCAUGCCAUCUGCACUAAUUACUUCAUGCUGGUGGCAACCGUGACCGUCUUCAUCCUCGCCAGUGCCCGCAAGUUCGAGAAGAUUGCGUGGCUGACAUGGGCUGGCUUCCUGUCGGUAUACGUCGCUGUAUUUAUUGUCGUAGUCGCAGUCACGCAAGUAGACCGGCCCGCCGCCGCCCCGAAGACGGGCGACUUCGAGCUCGGGUACCACGCCAUCGGCGACCCGACCUUCGUCACCGGCAUCACCUCCGUCGCCACCAUCUUCUGCUCCGGCGCCGGCACGUCGGCGUUCCUCCCCGUCAUCUCCGAGAUGAAGAAGCCCAGGGACUACAACAAGGCCGUCUACCUCUGCAUGGGGAUCGUGACGGCCUCCUACCUGACCUUCUCCCUGGUCGUCUACCGCUACUGCGGCCAGUGGGUGGCCUCGCCUUCCCUCGGCAGCGCGGGCGAGACUGUCAAGAAGGUUGCUUAUGGUAUUGGCCUGGCUGGACUCAUGGUCAGCGCGUGCCUUUAUAUCCAUGUCGCUGCCAAGUAUAUCUUUGUGCGAAUCCUCCGCGACUCUGUCCACCUACAAAAGAACUCGGUCGUACAUUGGUCUGUGUGGCUGGCUUGCACCUUCGGGAUGGCGGUCAUCUCGUUCCUCCUGGCCUCUGGUAUCCCCAUCUUCAACUACCUGCUCGCUCUCGCAGGGAGCUUGACAUUCGCUCCUUUGGCCCUGGGGUUGCCAGGCUAUCUGUGGGUGUACGACCACCAACACUAUGGCCAAGGAAACUGGUGGCAGGUUAUGGUCUACUGGCUGAACUGGCUUAUGAUCCUUCUUGCCGUUUUCUUGACGAUCGGUGGCACUUAUGGUGUGAUACAGAACAUCAUCGAUGCUUACGCCCAGGGCUUGAUCGGUGGCGCUUUCUCUUGUGCAGACAACAGUGGUUCGUCCUAG